GAGAGAGGGGGAGGGAGAGGGAGGAGACGGGAGGCAACACCAACUUCCAAGGAACGUGUCUGUCACAGCUGACAUCACCCUCUCCUCCUCUGCAGAGCGAGACCACAGCACAAGCACGUCCUGCAGGAGCUCAGCUCGGUCCGGCAGCAUGACUACAAGCGUCCCUGCCAGCUUCGAGUCCUCCACUCCGCACGCGAACCAAACCGGCGCCGGCCCGUGUCCGAGCGAGCCCACGGAGCAGUGGGUUUACGACACGGUUCAGACGUACAUCCUGGUGAUCUCCGCGCUGGGAAUGGGGCUGAACCUCUUCGUCCUGACCGUCUUCUGCUGCCACAGGAAGCGCUGCACCGUGGCCGAGCUCUACCUGAGCAACCUGGCGGCCGCCGACCUGCUCCUGGUGUCCUUCUUGCCCUUCUGGGCCGUCAGCGCCGGGAACAGGUUCGCCUGGACGUUCGGCGGAGCCCUGUGCCGCGCGGUGAACCUCUCCAUCGUCAUGAACGUGUACUGCAGCAUCUACUUCCUGGUUCUGGUCAGCAUGGACCGCUACUGGGCGCUGGUGAAGCCGCUGUCCAGUGAGAAAAUGCGUUCGGCAAAGUUUGCCAAACUGGGCUGUGUGCUGGUUUGGGGCGGAGGGCUGCUGCUGAGCGUCCCCACCAUCAUCUACAGGGAAGUCAGAGAUUACCCUCAUUUAAAUCAAACAUACUGCUCUUUAUUUUACCCGAGUCCAAGGGCACAUCUGGGGUUUGAGGGGAUGUUCUCUGCAUUCAGCUUCAUCAUUCCCCUCCCCAUUAUUUCCUUCUGCACUUGGAAGAUCCUCCAAGCUCUGUACAACCGUCUACCAAACAAGACAAGCAACCAGGGCAAGGACAACAAGGAGCACAAGGCCACCAGGCUGAUCCUGGCCGUGCUGCUGGCCUUCCUGCUCUGCUGGGUGCCGUUCCACCUGCUGAGGAUCAUAGAGCUGCUCUACAGAUUCAGAGUGUUGACGGAGUGCCGGCUCGGCGCUGCAUUAGGGGUCUGCAGGCAGGUCUUCAUGAACCUGGCCUAUUUCAACAGCGUCCUCAACCCCAUCCUCUACGUCAUCGUGGGGGGAAACUUCAGGAAGAAGGCGAGGGAGCUCUUCAAGUCGUCUGCCAAACAGACGACCAAGAGCUCCAGCUUCAGUUCUAGAAGCACAAUCAUAAAGAGUCUUAGAAGAAGUGUUAAAGGUGAGAGUGGCUGAAGCGCAAAUGCCUUUGGAUUGUGACAUUCUGGCUUUCACACAGACAAAGAACUAAAAUCCAAAUUCACAGGCAAAGUCUCCUAAGCUUCAACCUGUAGGUCAACAUUUGGUUCAGUGGCUUCAGAUCGUUGUCCAGUAGCUGCUGACGCUGCCUUAAUGCAGUCUGAAUAUGGACCAAGCUCCAGUAAAGUCAAAGCAUUGAACAGAGUUGAUGUUGGUUCUAAUGGAUCAGGCGUUUAACAGCGCUACCAGUCCACAUAAUGAAAUAAUGCAUGAACCCUUCCCGUAGAACAGUGGACAUCCUUUGUUGGCACGCCCACACAUUCUCCUCCGGUGAUUUUAUACAAAUGUUAUUGUGUUUGGCACCGUUCGCUGAAGCGCUUGGCUCCGCUUUGAGUCGCAGCCGGUCACAAUAAGAGCGCGCUGCUCUGUUCUCAGCACUUAGCAGAUCAAACGAUUAUACAGCAGGCACAUAUGAAACUUUGAAUCUAUUCCUGUUUAUAGUGAAAUACGUACCACCUCAUCUAAUUAUGAAUGUUAAUUAAACAAUGUACAAAACACUUCCUUUCUGUCAGCUUCAGCUAUUUUAAGAACAUUUAGUGACAAGCAUGUUAGUAUCAGCAUGUAGAUGUAACAUUGUAUGUUAUAAAGUUUGUCUAUUUAUCUUGUUUAUAUUAAAGUUGUAUGAAGGACGGGUUUGUAUGAAGGAAACACAUGUAUGACAUAAGCUUAAUGUCACUGGGCUGAUGUGUGAGCUCAGCUUCCAGCCAUUGUACUAAUAAAAAGAUCAUAUUUGUGA